AUGGGGAAGAACCAGAGAAAGUGUCCAGAGCUGAGAGAUGGCGUGUCUUGUUUUGUGGAACAGCCAGGAGGCCAGUGUCGCUUUGUUGAAGAGCACCUUGAUAAAUUGCCGGAGGGUGUCCAGAAAAAGAAAACCAGGAUGAGGAAGGGUCUGGAAAUCAUGAUUUAUGAGGAUUGCUGUAAAGGUGCUUCCCAUUAUGGCCUUACCAAGGAUCGCAAAAGGCGCUCACAAGAUGGCUGCCCAGAAGGCUGUGCCAGCUUGACGUCAGCGUCACUCUCUCCAGACAUCUCUGCAGCAGCAACCAUUGCCUUGAUGACAGAUGAGCCGGGCCUGGACAACCCUGCUUAUGUCUCUGCCACAGAAGAUGGCCAGUCAGCACACAGCCCAGUAGACUCUGGUCGAACCAACAGAGCCCAGCACUUUGAGCGAUCCACCAUCAGAAGUAGAUCUUUUAAAAAAAUAAACAGAGCUCUGAGUGUUCUUCGGAGGACAAAAAGUGGAAGUGCGGUGGCCAACCAAUCUGACCAACCAAGGGAAAGUCCCGAGAAUGCUAUCGCAACAGAAGUUUUCCCAAGGUUGUAUCACCUGAUUCCAGAUGGUGAAAUUACCAGCAUCAAGAUCACUCGGGUGAAUCCUAAUGAAAGCCUGGCCAUCAGGGUCGUGGGGGGCAGUGAAACACCCUUGGCCCAUAUUAUUAUACAGCAUAUUUAUAGAGAUGGAGUGAUUGCCAGAGAUGGAAGAUUGCUACCAGGGGACAUGAUAUUAAAGGUCAAUGGCAUGGACAUCAGCAGCGUGCCUCACAACUACGCCCUGAGCCUCCUGAGACAGCCUUGCCAGGUGCUCCGGCUGACGAUCCUGAGGGAGCAAAGAUACCGCAGCAGGACCAGCGGACUGGCCCUGGAGACUCCAAGCCCCCGAGACGACAGUUUUCACGUGAUCCUGAACAAAAGCAGCCCCGAAGAGCAGCUUGGGAUCAAACUAGUCCGCAGGCUGGAUGAACCCGGGGUGUUCAUUUUCAACUUGCUGGAUGGUGGUGUCGCUGACCGGCAUGGCCAGCUGGAGGAAAAUGACCGGGUGUUGGCUAUUAAUGGACACGACCUUCGGUAUGGCAGCCCAGAAAGGGCUGCCCAGCUGAUUCAGGCCAGCGAAAGACGAGUUCACUUCAUUGUGUCUCGGCAGACUCGACAGCAGGGUCCUGACAUCUUGCAGGAGGGAGGCUGGAAUGUCAAUGGCAGCCCACCCUUGCGCCACAGAGAGAGGAGGAAUGCUCACAAGACUCUCCUCCAUUCUGUCACCUGUCAUGAGAAGGUGGUAAGUGUCCAAAAAGACUACACAGAAUCGCUGGGUAUGACCGUUGCAGGGGGAGCAUCCCAUAGAGAAUGGGAUUUGCCCAUCUACGUCACCAGUGUUGAACCUGGAGGAGUCAUAAACAGAGAUGGACGAAUAAAAACAGGUGACAUUUUGCUGAAUGUAAACGGGAUCGACCUGACAGGGGCGAGCCGUGGGGAAGCAGUUGCCCUGUUGAAAAACACCUCCUCAGCUGUGGUGCUCAAAGCCCUGGAACUGAGAGAAUGUGACUCCCUGGACAAUGGUGACAACCAGCUGGCCCUGGAGUCCAACCAGAGCACUGCACAACCCAGUGAAUGGUCACCAGCCUGGGUCAUGUGGUUGGAAUUGCCACGGUAUUUGUACAGCUGCAAAGAUGUAAUAUUACGAAGGAAUACAGCUGGAAGUCUAGGUUUCAGCAUUGUAGGAGGUUAUGAAGAAUACAGUGGGAACAAACCAUUUUUUAUUAAAUCUAUUGUUGAAGGAACACCAGCAUAUAAUGAUGGAAGAAUUAGAUGUGGGGAUAUUCUUCUUGCUGUCAAUGGUAGAAGUACAUCAGGAAUGAUGCAUGCUUGUCUGGCAAGAAUGCUGAAGGAACUGAAAGGAAGAAUCACCCUCACUAUUGUCUCUUGGCCUGGGACUUUUUUAUAGAAGAAAUGAUGCUGUGGUGGAAAACAGAACACAAACAAGCUAUUUAAAAUCUCAUGUGUGAUCUUGACUUUUUUUUUUUCCAACUUUACUUUUUAAUGGAUACAUUAAGAAAAAUGUAAACUUGCAUGUCAGGAAAAGUAGAGUCUCAAGAAAAAUGCUUCUUGAAAAACCUGAAAACUAUUAGUAGUUUUUCAUCAAAGUGAAAGACUCAUUAUUCCGUGUCUCUAAGUUUAUAUUUUUCUAUAUGAUAAUAUAAUAAAAACCCUUUAGCUGGAA